AUACCUUGGCUUCGUCCUUGGGCUUCUGCUGACAUUAUCUUUUGGAUUAACAGUAGCCUUUGGUCAUGCAACCGAAUCGAGAGAGAAAUUCGAGCUAUUCGUAGGAAUGCACUCGCAGACUAUUACUUGGGGACACCAACUCCUUACAUUCCUGAUCCUAUUCAACAACAUGGUUCCAAUUUCUCUCUACGUUACCUUAGAUAUCGUCAGAUCAAUACAG